AUGUUGCAAGUCGGGAAGCUCCAAGUAGCUGUUUCUAGAAAAAAGCAUCGUCAUUUCCGUCCAACUCAAUUCGCCGCACGAAACAGCAAUCCUAGUUGUUUGCUCUGCCCAUCGCGAGGUCGAGAUCCUCUGUGCGUCGGUGCAUUCUUCGGAUUCUACUGUUAUAUCCUUCAGCUUCACAUCACGGCGUGGUGUUUACAUAGAUACCUGCCGAAACACGAUGGCAUUGUCACGUUGUUGUUGUUGUUACGUAUCGCCUCUCGCAAUGGGUUCCGUCAAGCUUUUGCCCAUAUGUUGAGGAGAAAGGCACCCUGGUCGACUUGUGUCAUAUGUUCUCGGUCACGAGGCUGUAUCCGUCACUCAGAACCACCCAUGUUCAAUGGCGAGCUGAAGCUUGAAUGGAGGUGA